AUGGCGGACAACGAAGGGCCAUGGAACAACCAGUGGCACUUGCUGCAGCAGAGCCAGCAGCAGGCGGAGGAGCAGCAAUGGAAGGGAACGGAAGAGCAGCAGUGGAGAGGAGUGGAGGAGCAGCAGUGGCGGCAAGAGGUGCAGCCGCAGUUGUUUGGUCACCUGCUGGGGCAUCAGCACUUGGAUGGGGAUGCUGGGCUGAGGGUAGCCCAGCCUGCCGAGCCUGACUCGGGGAACGCGGCAAGCAGCGCCAAGCCUGCGUCCAACAGCUGCGGCGGCGGCGACCCGAAGCUGUUUCGGGGGGUGCGGCAGCGGCACGAGGGCCGGUGGGUGGCCGAGAUUCGCUACCCUAAGAAACGUUCCCGUGUGUGGCUUGGCACGUUCAACACCCCGGAAGAAGCAGCUAGAGCGUACGACCGCGCCGCUGUGAAGCUACGCGGGCCCAAGGCACGCACUAACUUCCCUCACCCGGCUCUGGCGGAAUGGCAGCCUUUGCCUGGGUAUGUUGGGGUGGAGAAGGCGAUCAGUGAGGCGAGGGAGAGGGGUGGAGGAGAUGUGGGUGCGUCAGGGGUGGCUGGGUGGGUUCAGGGGUCAGGGUUUAACGCUGCUGGAAGCUCUGUAGGCGGCAAGGGAAGGCAGGCUCAGGUGGUGGUGUCUGGGAGUGGUGGUGGGGAAGGGGGGUUGGUGGGGGGAGUUGCGGCAGGGGGGAUUGUUGGGGGGCAGACAGGGUUAGGCGGUGGGGGUGUGGGGGGUGGUGGAUCGUUCGGUGGGCUGUUGGAAGGGCAAGGAGGAGGAGGAGGAGGUGGUGGUGGUGGUGGUGUUGAUGCUAGUGGCAUGAUUGGUGGUGGGAUUGGUGGUGGUGUUGGUGGGGGGAUGAGAGGGCCUGUGGGUGGUUUGGAUGGCACCACUCUGCAGCAGCUGCAGUCUUUGGGGAUUCUGCCUGCUGUCGUAGUGGGUGGGGCGGGCAGUGGUGUGUCGGAGCGUAUUCUGCUGCUGUCGCUGCAGCGGCAGCUGGAAGCACAGCAGCGCCAACAGAUGCUGCAGGCUCUGGCGCAGGCGCAGGGGGGGCAGGGAGGGGGCUUGGGGCAGGGGCAGGGGGAGAGCUUGGGGCAGGCGGGAGGCGUGGGGCAGGGGCAGGGGGGGACGGUGGCGCAAGGGCAUGGGGGCGGAAUGGGGCAAGGGCAAGGGGGAGGAAUGGGGCAAGGAGGCAUAGGGCAGAGGGAGUUGGGGCAGCAGCAGAUGUUCGGGCAGCAAGGAUUUGGACAGGAAAUUUCUGGGCAUGGUAAUGUGCAGCUGCAGGAUUUGGGGCAGGCAAAUUCUCUCUUACAGGGGCUUGUGCAGGGGCAGGGGCAGGUGCAAGCGCAAGGGCAGGGGCAAAGAGGAGAACAGUUGGAGAAUCAAGGAAAGCAAGCCAGAAGGGAGAAUUCGAAUGGAUCUGAAGAGUCAUCGACCGGGGUGAGUGGUGCUGGGAGUGCUGCUAAGGGCGCUGUUGCUGGUGGUACUGGCAAUGCUGCUGUUGCUGGUGCUGGUGGUGGUGGCGGUGCAGUUAGUGUGGGCAAUAUAGCAGGACUAUCACCAGCAACAGGCGCAGCAACAGGACUGUCUCCCCAGGGGCGGAUAUCCAAUCCGGGGUGGUCUGGAGGUGGGCUAGCUGGGGGAGGUGCCAACUGGCAAGGGGGAGGUGGGAACCCUGCUCUGUUGCAGCAGCUUUCUAUCCAGGCGCCCGGCUUACCAGAGCAGAGCAUGGCACGGGCGCUGCGAAACAGGGUGGUGAUGGCAUUCCAAAAACCACCUGCGGAAGCUAAUGGGUCUGUGCCGGUCGCUGCAAGGGGAGGGGGUGUGAGAGUGGGAUGCGGUAAUAUGCAGUGGGAUGGGACGAGAGGGAAUGGGAUAAGGUGGGAUGGGAUGAGAGGGGAUGGGAUGGGAUGGGAUGGGAUGGGAUGGGAUGGGAUGGGAUGGGAUGGGAUGGGAUGGGAUGGGAUGGGAUGGAAUGGGAUGGGAUGGGAUGGAAUGGGAUGGGAUGGGAUGGAAUGA